AUGUCGCAAUUGCAACUGAUUGGACAUGCUCCUGAUAUUGAUGCCCAUGGGCAUCACACAUUCUGCCCCUCCCUCUCAUUUCUGCACGCACUAAUUUUUCCCUUCUUUCUUUCUUGUUUCUUAACAGGCUACCAUGAUGAUUUACCCACAGGCCUCCCAACUAAACCUAAUGGAGCUACAUAUAUACCUCCUGUGGUACGACCAAUUGGGCCUCGUCCCAAACCCCCAGUUAAUGUGACUGUGAAACUCUUACAUGGUGCUGUUAACAUCACAUGGUCUGCUCCUGAGAAAUCCAACAUCUCUAUCUUCUACUAUGUAAUAGAGUACUGCAAUAGUACGAUAUGGCGGCGACUAGAAGAUGUGGUGCUCACGCCCAAGACAUGUCAUUCUUUACUUCUUUCUUUAAUUUUGUGUUGUAAAUCUUUUGAGUUUUGCUCUUUUUCUUCUUUCUUUCCCUCUGUUUCUUUUAUUUCAUUUUAG